CUCCGCUGGGCGGCUGUAGCCUUUAAAAGGCCGGCGGCCACGGGGCGAGGCUCGGCCGUGUCCGAGAGGGGUAGCGCGGAGAGCUUACAGCGACCUCCCAGCGCUGAAGGGGCUGCAGGAGAGCUGGGAGGGGCUGUUCACAAAGGACUGUGGGGACAGGACGAGGGGCAAUGGGGAUAAACUGGAGAGGGGCAGAUUUAGACUGGACAUAAGGAGGAAUUUCCUCACGCUGAGGGCGGUGAGGCCCUGGCCCAGGCUGCCCAGGGAAGCUGUGGCUGCCCCAUCCCUGGAGGGGUUCCAGGCCAGGUUGGAUGGGCCUCGGAGCCCCUGAUCCAGUGGGAGGUGUCCCUGCCCAUGGCAGAGGGUUUGGAAUGAGAUAAUCUUUAAGGUCCCUUCCAACCCAAACUAUUUUAUGAUUCUAUGAGUAUUUAAAAUUUUUUAAAUACAAUAACAAAUGUCAGCCGGGCAGCAGAUGGUGUUUGCAGUCCCUCAGAUUUUAUAGUAUUGUUCUAUACUUGUUUAUCUUCUUUUCUCAAUCUUGUAGCAAUUUCAAAACUAGCUGCCUUCUGGGAACCUUUAUCUGGCACCGAGGAGUUCAAAACUACAUCUUCUUCCCUCCGUUUGGCUGUGCAUUGGAAUAGUGGCUGUUUAAUCAUUGCUGGAGUUAAACCGACCUCCCACAAACAUGGCAGACGAGGACCUUAUUUUUCGUAUGGAAGGGAUCGAUAAUGCCAGACCAACUACAGCGAACUCUGGAAAUUAUCUUGAUGCUGAUAGUGAUGAUGAAGACAAUUAUUUUAUCUGUCCAAUAACUGAUGAUCCAGUUUCUAACAAGUCUGCCAGUAUCGAAGUUGACAAUUACUAUAGCAACUUAGCAAAAACUGAUCAGUACAGUUCAAGCUCUUCUCCUAGAAAUUCUUUUAGCUUUAAGAAUGGCACACAGCAUCGUUCUAAGCACGGCUCUGUGGUUGACCAUAGUCGGGAAGCCUGGAAACAUGCUAUUCAGAAAGCGAAGCACAUGCCAGAUCCAUGGGCUGAAUUUCAUCUUGAGGACAUUGAGACGGAACAAGCCACUCGUUACAGGUACAAUGCAAUUACUGGGGACUGGGUUGAAGAUGAAGUCCUCAUCAAGAUGGCUUCACAACCUUUUGGCCGUGGAGCAAUGCGAGAAUGUUUCAGAACGAAAAAGCUGUCCAACUUCUUACACACACAAAACUGGAAGGGUGCCUAUAACUAUGUUGCCAAGCGAUACAUAGAGAGUGUGGGCAGGGACGUGUAUUUUGAGGAUGUUCGACUUCAGAUGGAAGCAAAACUCUGGGGAGAAGAGUACAAUCGGCACAAGCCACCAAAACAGGUUGACAUAGUACAGACCUGUAUUAUUGAAAUGAAGAACCGACCUGGAAAGCCUCUCUUUCAUCUGGAACAUUACAUUGAGGGCAAAUACAUCAAAUACAACUCAAAUUCUGGAUUUGUGCGCGAUGACAACAUUCGUCUUACUCCGCAAGCCUUUAGUCACUUCACCUUUGAGCGCUCAGGACAUCAACUCAUUAUUGUUGAUAUCCAGGGAGUUGGAGAUCUUUACACAGACCCUCAGAUCCAUACAGAGAACGGUACAGAUUUUGGAGAUGGCAACCUAGGUGUUCGAGGUAUGGCCUUAUUCUUUCAUUCUCAUUCCUGCAACAAGAUUUGCAAAAGCAUGGGGCUUGCACCAUUUGAUCUUUCAUCUAAAGAGAAAGAUGCCUUGGAUCGUAAUAAAAAAUUGCUUGAAUCUGCUCAAACAAUUCUCCGUGGCACAGAGGAAAAAUGUGGCAGCAGCCGGGUGAGAACGGUUUCUGGUAGUCGGCCUCCUCUGCUCUUCCGCCUGUCCGAAAACUCUGGAGAUGAAAGCAUGAGCGAUGUGGCGUUUGACUCUCUACCCUGCUCUCCUUCCUCAGCAACCCCUCACAGCCAGAAGAUGGACAUGCUUAAUUGGCCUGUGUUCAGUGAAGUAGAUAACUUGGUUCACAAAGACUAUGAUCAGCUUGAUAACCAAAGGGAUUUUGAAAAUGGUGGAGACAGUGGAUAUCCGAGUGAAAAGAGAAGUGAGCUAGAAGAUCUAGAUCAUAAAGAAAGGGGUCAUUCAAACAACAACAACCGAAGACAUGAAUCUGAUGAAGAUAGUUUGGGAAGCUCUGCAAGAAUCAAUGUGGAGAAAUGGAAUCUCUACAACUCUUCCAGAGUCCACAUCCACAGACCGUCCUGUGUUGCCCAAGAAAUUCAGAGGCUCAAUGCACUAGAACUUGAAAAGAAAAUUGGGAAGUCAAUCCUUGGGAAGGUUCAUUUGGCCAUGGUUCGCUAUCACGAAGCUGGGCGUUUCUGUGGGAAAGACACGGAAUGGGAUCAGGAGUCAGCCCUGUUUCACCUGGAGCAUGCUGCAGACUGCGGGGAGCUGGAAGCCAUCGUUGGCUUAGGGCUCAUGUACUCUCAGUUGCCACAUCACAUUCUUUCUGAGGUCACUGUGGAGGACACAAAGGGGAACAGAAAUAAAGGAUUUGAAUACUUGCUGAGAGCAGCAGAAGCUGGAGACCGGCCUUCCAUGAUUCUGGUAGCAAGAGCAUAUGAUACAGGUGUAAAUCUUGGUUCAGACAGAGUACAGGAUUGGAAGGAGGCUCUGUACUGGUACAAUGCUGCACUGAACAUGACCGAUUAUGAUGAGGGAGGUGAAUAUGAUGGCACUCAGGAUGAGCCUCGGUAUCUGCUCCUGGCCAGGGAAGCAGAGAUGUUAAUGAUUGGAGGGUUCCACCUGAAUAAGGAUCCACAGAGAUCAGGGGAGUUGUACACAGAAGCAGCAGAAGCAGCAAUGGAAGCCAUGAAAGGCAGACUGGCAAAUCAGUACUACCAAAAAGCAGAAGAGGCUUGGGCAAUGAUGGAAGAAUGACACUGCAACUGGGCAGUUCUUUUGUAUAAUUUUUUUUAUGGACUUGCUGCAUUUGCAGCUAAAAAGAUAUAUUUUUAUGUGGCGUUACCAGUUCCUUUUCGGUUUUUUAGUUUUUUAAUUUUGGGGGAGGGGUGAAAUCCAAAUGUCAGUGGUAUGUGGGGUGCCAUAGUGUACUUCUGCUAGUGUUUUAAAGCUGUAAUACAGAUACACAUGACCUUUUGUAUUUUUUAACUGUUAAAACUGAAGGGCCUAGUUUUUUUGAUUAGAAAUGAAACUGAUGUCUGUUUUUUACACAGCAAAUGAUGAGUAUGUUUACAUUUUUUUUCUUCUUCCCACAUAUGGAAAAUAUUUUCCUAAACUGUCAGCAUUUCUUCAUUGGUUUUGGUGUAUCUCACCAAAUUUGCAUGUGAAUGUAGAUUUUCAGUUUAAGCAUGUAGCUGCUCAUUUUAAUAAGUAGUCCCAUUCUGUUACACUGAUGUUAUUGGGCACUUCUGUUAUUCAUCUCAAACAAAUUCCAGAUUAAAUCCUUACAGUUUGGAGAAGUGCAGGGAAGAUGCUUCAGAUAAGCAGUGAGGAUAUUUCGUAGAGGAAUGUGUUUCAUUCAUUACCAGCAUGGCAUAUUUUACCAUCAGAAAAUCACUGAUGUUCCUGAUAAGGUGAGGCAUGCAGCUACCUCUCUCAUUUUCACAUUUUGCACCAUAUAAUAACGGUGUGGUAUUUGUCCAACAGUGCGCAGUAGCAAGAUCUGUAGUAUAUGGGUGCUUUGAAGUUAUUUUUAUAGUGACCUCUCAGUUCUCAGUGAAGCUAGAUCAUCUCACUUAAAAUGAGAAUACUUUCCACCAUUUCCAGAGGAGAGUUUGCAAAGGUUGGAGAAUGUUGACUCACCUAUUUCUAUGUAUAGAAAAUAACUUACCUGGUUUAAACAGCUUUCAAGAGAGUGUUUUAUCUGUGAGUGGUUUCAAACAGCUAGAGAAAAUUGCUGGUUACAAAGGAAAAAAUGUGUUAUCCCCAAAACACUGUCUCCUGUUUGCAUAAUCCUAAGAUUAAUGGGAGGACAAAUACAUGGUGGUGGUUGAAUUCUUGCAGAGAAACAAGUUUUCUUCCAAAUUCAGUAUAUUUUCCUGAAGCUGCUGUGCCAUUUAUAUAGAUAGUACAGAAGUCAUUCCUGUCUCUUGAUUGUGGUUAACAGUCAUUUUGCAGGAAAUUAAGAUGGAAGCUUUUUGUCUUCUUGGCCCCAGAGUCUCCUGAGGGUGUGAAGUGAUGUGAAUAAGGGCAGUCCCCAUGAAGUGCUGAAUGCCUGACCUGUAAUGCUGAUCAGCCUCGCUUUAGCCAGGCUUUUAAAUGCAUGCUUAAAACUAAGCAGGCUGCUAGAUGAUGCAGAUGAUUCCAUUGGGACUUCCUGCAUGCACAGCUGAGUAAUAUUAAUAUCUUCUGAAAUGUAGAAACCAUUCAAGGAACAGAAAUCAGUUCUUCCUUUCCUGUGUGAGUGCCCACUACUGGGCUCCAGAGUUGUGCUCCCCAUUAACUCUUUCUGGCAAGUGGAACUUAAAUUAUUGUUUAAGCAGUAUCCAAACAUAAUGUUAUUAACAACAGCCACUGUCUGAAAGAGGUGAUAUCCUGGUAGUUAAGGAAGUGAGAUGGGAAGAUUUAAUCCUCUGUAGGAGGGAAGAAAAAGUUAUCUUUGCAUAUCACGCUUCUGGAUGGGUGCUGGAACCACCAGGCAGUUGUAGCCCUCAGUAGCCAGUGGCAACACUUCUUGCUGUAUAAUGCAGGGGGUGUAAGAAAGUAGUGCUUAUAACGUUUUCGUUUUGUUUUGAGAGUGAAGGUUAAGCUCUUUACCCGUUAAUGGAUGAAUAUCUGAUUUCUAGAUCUCAGUUUGGCUUAGGAAACUACUAAGCUAGGUACUAAAAUAACCAGGGUUUUUUGGACCUAAUAUACUGAAAUGGAACCAGAGUUUGUAGGUUCACAAGUCAGGUGGAUGUUUUGAGUGCCUAAAGUUAGGCUUGAGGUGCCUAAAGUGUCUUUUGGAUGUGGCCUUUUUGCUCUUUCAGUUCAUAGCAUUAAAAUGUGAGCUGUCAAUGGAAGUUGAAUGUGUCAUUCACCUCUGAGGACAGCUGAACAGUCAGUGUUUUGUGCAGAACCCAUACAGCACAGGCAAUAUGACAAAUUCAGACAAUGAUUUGUUUUCCUCAUAAGGUGUUGAUGCCAGAUCUGAGGUUUACAUUGAGAAGGAAGCAUGUGUGACAGCACCACCAUGUAGGGAGGAGAGGAGACUGACUAUGCCCAUCUGAAAGGUGUAAGUAAAGGAUGUAGAGUGUAAUUAUUGACACUUUUUGGUGUAGUUUGCUAAAUUCAGCAGGUGCUAAAGUUGCUGACGGGUCUCUGUAGAUCUGAUAUGUAAAUGUGCACACAGCUCAGUGAAAAAAUUAGUGCUUUGUUUGCCAAUACUGCUUUUUCAGAGACAUAGACAACCUUCUGUCCUAGAGGGACAGAAUAUAUCCCUAAGAGGGUAUCAUAUCAUUUAGCUGUACAAUAAAUAGGUCUGUCAAUAAUUUGAAAAUGGAAAUUGUUUACAGAAAUAUGCACAACUUGUUCUAUGACAUUCUUUUGAAGAGAAAUACUAUAUAUUUGACAGCCUUUUGGAAUGAUAUCACUAUAUGCUGUAUUUUUAAUCUAUUCACAAAGAAUAAAUAAAAAUCUGUAUUUUUUAAAAAUGUGAAAACAAAUCUGAGGCUCAGUCUGCCAGAACUUACCUGGGUUCAGUGUUUCUGCAUGCGAGUGGGAAUAUUGCUUGGGUAAGGACAACGAGAUGCAAGCCUUUCUUUGUAUGUUAGACAUGCAAAUACUGAUUGCCUGCAUUAGUUAGUCCUUUCAUUCACGUUGUCUGGUUUCAUUCUGGCUGGUCAAUAAAGUUGUUCUUUUUGUCACCU